AUUUGAUCUGGGAAUGGAAUCUGAAGUAGGCUGUCUUCAUCAGCCACAAGCAGCCAAACAAAACUGAAUUUUAGAAAUCUAGCAUGUAUGUUUCUCCUCCCAUUAACACAGCUUCCUUUUACUUUAUCCCCUCCCGUUUACUCACUUUUAAUUACAAAUCCAUAUUACAGGACAGAACUGAGUGAAGCAGUCAGAAACACGGGAAAAUGGCUUUUAGUCAUAAUCAGACUAUAACCAUGCUUUCUGCUUGGCUGUUAGCAUCUUGUUUUUUCACUUCUGCCUUCUGUUUACAGCCAAAUGUCCUUCAGCCAUUUGACUUACUCUAUGAAAGUGGCAUAUCAGCAUACUAUAGCAAUGAGUACAGUAAAGUGGUGAACCACAUUGAAGGUGCCCUCGACAGCUAUGCCACACUGAAGAGCAUCAAAGUCUCCUGCUGGCUCAAGUGUCGACAUGACCAUGGAUUUGAGACUUUAUUGUCCUCUUCUGCCUCUCUUUUUGAUAUAGCCUUCUUCAACGUGCUUCUCCUCCGGGCUUACUGCAUAAAGGAAUGCCAGACACAGCAGCUUGGGGUGCCAUCCAUGCAUCAAGCUAAUAUAGAAAUUGUGAAUGAUUUUUAUAGGAGAACUCCUUAUAACUACCUCCAACAUGCAUAUUUUAAGCUAAAGCAGUUUGACAAAGCAGCAGCGGCAGCACACACGUUCUUCAUGGCAAAUCCCGAACAUGUAGAGAUGCAGCAAAACCUGGAGCACUACAAGCUGAUGGCAGGAGCAGAUGAAGGCAACUUAAUUGACAGAGAAGCAAAACCUCAUAUGGAAGCCUUCAGUGCUGGUGUCAUAUACUAUGAUAAGCAGAUGUACACAUUAGCAGUAAAAUCCUUUGAAGAAGCUUUGGAGAAAUAUUAUAAAGCGGAUUUAGAAUGCCGAGCUCUGUGUGAUCAACCCUUAAAGUUUACAGAAUAUGAAUAUCUGGAUUAUAAGCUCCCACUUUAUGAAGCUCUUGCAGAUCACUACACUCAGAUUCUCUCUUGUGAACAUGACUGUGUAAGAGACCUUGCAACACGCUCAGGAAGGAUUUCUCCACUGGAAAACUAUCUGCCUAGUCAUUAUGAAUAUUUGCAGUUUUCUUACUACAAAGCUGGGGAGUAUGGAAAAGCUUUGCAGUGUGCCAAGGCAUAUUUACUUUUCCAUCCUGAGGAUGAAGACAUCGUGGGUGACAUUGAACAUUAUGACAGUCUUUUGCCAGACAUGAUAAACCCAAAGGACAUUGAACCUAGAAAGGAUGCAAUGGAGUUCAUGCAUCGUUAUCUUCUAGAGCGAGAACUACUCAAGCAAGUCAGUGAUGCUGCUGGAGUUCGAUAUUAUGAACCGAAGUACUGGGUCAUUCUCAAGAGUGAUAAAGUCAUCAAUAGGAUGCCUGCAGAUGCUGUUAUGCAGACCGAGGUGGACAGCACUGUGCCGGGCAAUAACACGACAGAGCAAGCAUUGAGAGAAGAGAUACAUGAGGGUGGGCCAGUUCUUUAUGACAACAUAAAACUUGUAUACCAAUCAGAGCAGCUAAAUGGUUCUCACCGUGUUAUGAUGGAUGAAGUAAUAACACCUCAAGAAUGCAAGGAUCUCCACCAAGUUGCACAAGUAAUAACAUUUGCUGGGGAUGGAUACAAAGGAAGGAUGUCUCCGCAUACACCCAAUGAACGAUUUGAAGGAGCCACUGUUCUAAAGGCUCUCCUGUCUGGCUACAAUGGUCAAAUCUCACUUAAAAGUGCCCAACUAUUUUAUGAAGUGAGUGAAAAGGCUCGGACGAUUGUAGAAUCAUAUUUCAGGCUGAAUUCCACAUUGUAUUUCUCGUAUACUCAUAUGGUUUGCAGAACAGCAAUCACUGGCCACCAAGACUACAGAAAUGACCUUAGUCAUCCUAUCCAUGCUGACAACUGCCUACUGGACCCAGAAAUUAAUAUAUGCUGGAAGGAACCUCCUGCUUUCACCUACAGAGAUUACAGUGCAAUUUUGUAUCUAAAUGGAGAUUUUGAUGGAGGAGAGUUUAUCUUCACAACAAUGGACACCAAAACAGUUACAGCCUCAGUGAAACCAAGAUGUGGGCGAAUGGUUAGCUUCUCAUCAGGUGGUGAAAACCCUCAUGGUGUCAGAGCAGUCACAAAGGGUCAGCGUUGUGCACUUGCUAUGUGGUUUACCUUGGAUCCAGUAUUCAGAGAAGUGGAGAGACUCCAAGCUGAUGAAGUCAUGGCAACAAUUCAGGAAGAGCAACAGAUGAGAAAUGAAUUGGAUCUUAAUCCUAAAGAUGAGCUAUGAACAUUAUAAGAAUACACCUUAAUUUUAUUUCUAUUUAUUUAAUAAUUUUGUUAAUAGAACCUUUUAUUUUUGUACAGAGCUCUACUGUAAGUUGUUGGGCUGUUGUCAAUAAAUGGUGUCUAUCAUUUUAAAACACUUUGUACAUAGUAUAAGCCAGAAACUAUUUGGGCCCAAAACUAUUUUACAGCUUGUAUUCUGUGCUUGGAUUCCAUGACUCUGCAACACAUUUAGAAUGCCUUUGAAGAUUACUGCAAAGCACUUGUAGAUUUCUCUACCGAAUGUAUCUUCUGGAAGCAAGAACAAUCCAAUGAUAUCUUCUGAGGUAUUACAUGCAGCAAUCCUGAGUUUCAAUCAGUAUAAAAUGAAAUCUGUGGCCUUGAUAUCAAAACAGAUUCUUAGCAACUGUAGUUACUGAUUCUUGCUAACAGGAUGUCAGAAUACUAUCGCAGCAGAACACUGAACACUGCGUCACUGUAUUUCAACACAUGGAGAAAAAAAUGAGAGAACGUUGCUCAGCUUAAGAAAUUCUAUGUGCAAACAAUCCAUACCAGAGUCCAUAUGCAAAUGGAAGAUAAAAUUAGAUUAUGAAGAUAUACUGCUGUCAGAGAUGUGCAUUGUAAUUAGGAAUGAGUGAUCUGUGAGCAAUAUCCUGAUUACUGCUUACAGCAGUAGAAGUGUGGAUUUAGGAAUGGAGCUGCAUUUUCAUUUGCUUAUCAAAGAAGGCAGAGUGUGUGAUGUAUUUUGAAUACUUUUUUUCAUAAUAAAGGAGAUAUAAUGAAUGAUGUUUAACUUGACUUAUGGAGCAGACUAGAAAUUCAGCAGUGUAAUUAUAGUGGUAUACCAAUGGGUGAAAGAGUUAUAAGGUAUGUGUCGCUUUUCCAUAACUGGCAAGUCCCACUUUUCACCAGUGACAAACAAAGAGAAACUCAAGAUAGCUAAGCUGCAUAAUGAGAACCCAUCUUGAGAGCUGUAAAUGGCAUGCCAUGUAGAAGCAAUUAUUAGUUCAUCGCUGCAGUAUGUUUUGAGGUUUAAGCAUGUGGAAGAUACUCUGGGAAUGGAGAUAAGAUAUCAGACUGUGGUGCUAACUGGAUAUCUGACACCCUGAAUGGUGGCCGAAAGAAACUGCAAGUCAUCCAAAUGCAUAUAGCAAUAUGUUCUGAUGUCUAUCUGAACAUAUCUGAUCAUACGGUAUUACAAGAAAUUUUUAGAGCUUAACUGUGGGUGAUGAGUCAAAAAAAAUCUUCAAGCUACAAAACUAAGAAUUGUCUCUUGAAUUAUAGCUGAAGUCAGUUAUAGCUAGAUGUACCGAUAUGAAAUGCCAUUAUGCCAUUAAAGUAAUAGCAAAAUGCCUUUUGAGAAGAAAUGCAUUAUAAUAGCUUGGGUAAUAUAGUGUCCAUAAGAAUAACUUAUCAGAACUGCUACAAAAUGUCUUUCAGUUACCAACCAUUGUUAUAAAUCACUGAUCUGCAGAAAUGUUGCCCAUUGCCACAAAACAAAACAUUAAAUCAAGAGUUUCAUUAAUGGUUCUGAAGACAAUCCAUCACCCACAAAGAGGUAUUAUAUAGGUCAGUAUAUUAUAUAUAUGCAAUAAUAAAGUAUGUCAGUCUCAUGAAUUUUCAUCCUUUCAGGACAAAAUAUACUAUUACUGUAUUUAAUGACUCACUUGUAAUUAACAAGUGUUAUGACUAGUAUAUUUAUUUGUAAGUAAAUGUGACAAUUGUCCUCGCAUGGUCAAUUGUUAGUCUUUCAUUUGGUGAUUUUACAAGAAAGUUCAAACAAUGGAUCUGUUGUAGAUUUCCCAUGGAUUAUUCAAAACUGGUGCUUUACUGCUCAGAGAUAUUGUUUUAAAUACUAGAAAUGUUUGAAAAGCACUUGUCUUUAAGAAGUCACAUGCUUUGGUAACACUACCUUUUUCCUGACCUACACUACACCGGUGAAAGAAGGGUACGGUUUCUUACAAAUAGUCUUCCCAUACUCAGGAUGCCUUUUCUUGUUACUGAGUCAUUAGUCGGACACCAUUUCAGAGACCAACACUGAACAUCUGCUGUGUAUGUAAAGAAAAUUUCCUGUAAUAUAGUACAAACAUGUCUUUUGGGAACUCAUUCAGCUGGGAGAUGCCCUAAAAAUUCAGUACCCAGCAAUGUGCAAGACAUUUAUGAGACUGAGAAAAUAUGACAGACAUAAAAAAAUCACACUAAUCACCCCAUCAAUUGCCUGAAGAUCGUAAUACACCGAAGGAUUCAGUACUGUGUCUGACUUCUCAUAUAAACACACAUUGAAGUUUUUGCAUCUGUCUGCUUUUAUGUAAGGUUUGUUAACUUCUUUUAAUGAGAUGGUGUUUUCUUUGGCCUCAAUACAUGAAAUUUACUGCAGAAAUCUACAUUGUGAGUACUGUUUGGCACACAUUCAAGAUGCUUUUGCUUUAUACCUUAUUGUACAACUUUAGGCUACAACUUCAUUUUUAUUCAAUUUUGCACAUUAUGUUGGAAAAAAUAUUUCUUCCCUGAAGUAGACCAUCUUAAUUUUUACCUUAG